AGAAGGAAGCGUUCGCCGUGAUCCCAGCGGCUGCGCCGGGGUAUGCGGUACCGGCUAACGUGGCUGCUGCACCCCGCGCUACCCAACACCUUCCGCUCCGUCCUUGGCUCCCGCCUGCCCCCCUCGGAGCGUCGCUGUGGUUUCCAAAAAAAGACUUACAGCAAAAUGAAUAAUCCUGCUAUCAAGAGAAUAGGAAAUCACAUUAUCAAAUCUCCUGAAGACAAGCGAGAAUACCGUGGACUAGAGUUGGCCAAUGGUAUCAAAGUACUUCUCAUCAGUGAUCCCACCACGGAUAAGUCAUCAGCAGCACUUGAUGUACACAUAGGUUCAUUGUCAGAUCCUCCAAAUAUUGCUGGCUUAAGUCAUUUUUGUGAACAUAUGCUUUUUUUGGGAACAAAGAAAUACCCUAAAGAAAAUGAAUACAGCCAGUUUCUCAGUGAGCAUGCAGGAAGUUCAAAUGCCUUUACCAGUGGAGAGCAUACCAAUUACUAUUUUGACGUUUCCCAUGAACAUCUAGAAGGUGCCCUAGAUAGGUUUGCACAGUUUUUCCUGUGCCCCUUGUUUGAUGAGAGUUGUAAAGACAGAGAAGUGAAUGCAGUUGAUUCAGAGCAUGAGAAGAAUGUGAUGAAUGAUGCCUGGAGACUCUUCCAGUUGGAAAAAGCUACAGGGAAUCCCAAACACCCCUUCAGCAAAUUUGGGACAGGUAACAAAUAUACUCUAGAGACUCGACCCAACCAAGAAGGCAUUGAUGUAAGACAAGAGCUACUGAAGUUCCAUUCUACUUAUUAUUCCUCCAACUUAAUGGCUAUUUGUGUUUUGGGCCGAGAAUCUUUAGAUGACUUAACUAAUCUUGUGGUAAAGUUAUUUUCUGAAGUAGAGAAUAAAAAUGUCCCAUUGCCAGAAUUUCCUGAGCACCCUUUCCAAGAAGAACAUCUUAAACAACUUUAUAAAAUAGUGCCCAUUAAGGAUAUUAGGAAUCUUUAUGUAACAUUUCCCAUACCUGACCUUCAGAAAUACUAUAAAUCAAAUCCUGGUCAUUAUCUUGGUCAUCUGAUUGGGCAUGAAGGUCCUGGAAGUCUAUUAUCAGAACUUAAAUCAAAGGGCUGGGUAAAUACCCUGGUUGGUGGACAGAAGGAAGGAGCUCGAGGUUUUAUGUUUUUUAUCAUUAAUGUGGACUUAACUGAGGAAGGAUUAUUACAUGUUGAAGAUAUAAUUUUGCACAUGUUUCAAUACAUUCAGAAGUUACGUGCAGAAGGACCUCAAGAAUGGGUUUUCCAAGAGUGCAAGGACUUGAAUGCUGUUGCUUUUAGGUUUAAAGAUAAAGAGAGGCCACGAGGCUAUACAUCUAAAAUUGCAGGAAUAUUGCAUUAUUAUCCCCUAGAAGAAGUACUCACAGCUGAAUAUUUACUGGAAGAAUUUAGACCUGACUUAAUAGAGAUGGUUCUUGAUAAGCUCAGACCAGAAAAUGUCCGGGUUGCAAUAGUUUCCAAAUCUUUUGAAGGAAAAACUGAUCGCACAGAAGAAUGGUAUGGGACCCAGUACAAACAGGAAGCUAUACCAGAUGAAGUCAUUAAGAAAUGGCAAAACGCUGACCUAAAUGGGAAAUUUAAACUUCCAACAAAGAAUGAAUUUAUUCCUACAAAUUUUGAGAUUGUAUCAUUAGAAAAAGAAGCAACAGCAUACCCUGCUCUUAUUAAGGAUACAGCUAUGAGCAAACUAUGGUUCAAACAAGAUGAUAAGUUUUUCUUGCCAAAGGCUUGUCUCAACUUUGAAUUUUUCAGCCCAUUUGCUUAUGUGGACCCCUUGCACUGUAACAUGGCCUAUUUGUACCUUGAGCUCCUCAAAGACUCACUCAACGAGUAUGCAUAUGCAGCAGAGCUAGCAGGCUUGAGAUAUGACCUCCAAAAUACCAUCUAUGGGAUGUAUCUUUCAGUGAAAGGUUAUAAUGACAAGCAGCCAAUUUUGCUAAAGAAGAUCACUGAGAAAAUGGCUACCUUUGAGAUUGAUAAAAAAAGAUUUGAAAUUAUCAAAGAAGCGUAUAUGCGGUCUCUCAACAAUUUCCGGGCUGAACAGCCUCACCAGCAUGCCAUGUACUACCUCCGCUUGCUGAUGACUGAAGUGGCCUGGACUAAAGAUGAGUUAAAAGAAGCCCUGGAUGAUGUCACUCUUCCUCGCCUUAAGGCCUUCAUACCUCAGCUUCUGUCACGGCUGCACAUUGAGGCCCUUCUCCAUGGAAACAUAACAAAACAGGCUGCAUUAGGAAUCAUGCAAAUGGUCGAAGACACCCUUAUUGAAUAUGCUCACACCAAACCUCUUCUUCCAAGUCAGCUGGUUCGAUAUAGAGAAGUUCAGCUCCCUGACAGAGGAUGGUUUGUUUAUCAGCAGAGGAAUGAAGUUCAUAAUAACUGUGGCAUCGAGAUAUACUACCAAACAGACAUGCAGAGCACCUCGGAGAACAUGUUUCUAGAACUUUUCUGUCAGAUUAUCUCUGAGCCUUGCUUCAAUACCCUGCGUACCAAGGAGCAGCUGGGUUACAUUGUCUUCAGUGGGCCACGUCGAGCUAAUGGUAUACAGGGCUUGCGCUUCAUCAUCCAGUCAGAAAAGCCACCACACUACCUAGAAAGCAGAGUGGAAGCUUUCUUAAUUACUAUGGAAAAGUCCAUAGAGGACAUGACAGAAGAAGCCUUCCAAAAACAUAUUCAAGCAUUAGCAAUUCGUCGACUUCACAAACCAAAGAAAUUAUCUGCAGAGUGUGCUAAAUAUUGGGGAGAAAUCAUCUCCCAGCAAUACAAUUUUGACAGAGAUAAUAUAGAAGUUGCAUAUUUAAAGACCCUUACCAAGGAAGACAUCAUCAAAUUCUACAAGGAAAUGUUAGCAGUAGAUGCCCCAAGGAGACAUAAGGUAUCCGUUCACGUUCUUGCCAGGGAAAUGGAUUCUUGUCCUGUUGUUGGAGAGUUCCCCUGUCAAAAUGAUAUAAAUUUGUCACAAGCACCAGCCUUGCCACAACCUGAAGUGAUUCAGAACAUGACUGAGUUCAAGCGUGGUUUGCCGCUAUUUCCCCUUGUGAAACCACAUAUUAACUUCAUGGCUGCAAAACUCUGAAGAUUCCCAUUCACUGCUGGGAAAGUAAAAGAGGAUGUAUUCCUGAGUCUUCCAGAGCCUAGGAAAACAGUCUUGGCCACUUUAAUAGUUUCUUGUUCACUAUCAGAGACACAGACAAAAAGAAGUUGUCAAAUGUCAUUAUGUAGAAAUAUUAAAAAUCCAAAGUAAUUAAAUUACAGAGUCUUAGAGAUGUAGAAUAUUUUUAAAAUACAUGCCCUCAAAUAUUUUACAUUUUUCUUUUCAUUACUAAGAGAAAUUUCCCUUAUAUAACUGCUUAAAAUGAUGAAUGAUAUUCCUAUAGAAUCUUUCUUCCCUAUUCUGUAAAAUAGUCACUUGUCUGAAGAAAAAGUUAGCUUUUUUGUAAAAGCCUCCUAGGUUGGCAUAGAAGGCUUUAAAACAUUUAAAAAGGUAUUACCUUUUUAAAAAUUGAUCUUCAAAUUUGCUUUCUACUUGAUGGUUUCAUGUAAAUCAAUGGAGAACAUUACAUUUGGCAGAUAAUGCACAAAGCAAUGUCAUUUUCUUUUAUUAGUGAAAUUGCUGGUUAUAUAAGGCAUGGUUUUAAUCUUUUUAUAAAAUUUGAACAUGUUUUUUAUUCCAACUAGCAAAACGCUGGAAAAAUCUAGAAUACCCUACUUAUUUAUAGUGCUAGAAAUACAGAUUUACCCUACAUCAAUUUUGUCCCAAACUGAAUUUCUCAGGAUUACUGUGGUUUGUUUUUGACUGAAUUAUAUUGCCAUUCUUGUUCAUAGUUGGUUUGCAGUGUUCUGUCAGUUUUACCAUUUCUCAUCAACAUGUUGCUGUAUUUACUUAACAAGUACAAAUAGAGUCAACUUCAGAUUCUACUGAGUGGGUGACAUGCUUUUCCAACAUCAGCUAUUGUUACCACCCUUAACUCUUUACUACAGUGAAAUUGCAGUCAGUGUGUGAACCACAAUAUUUUGCCCCUUUAUGAAUUUAAAAGGCAGCAAAUACAAAGCCACCUUUUUGGAGAUAUGCGUUCUUAAGUAGUGAGUUCCAUAAGAUUAAAUCCCUCGUUGAUACCAGUCUGA